GGUCGCGAAGGCAGAAAGCAUACAAGAACGACAUGAUGUGAUGUCUGGGAGUUGCUGCAGAAAAGAGGAAGUGGGAGGUCGAGAGGACGCAAAGCAGAGCAGGCCAUGAUGAGCGGUUGGAGCUAGGUGACCCCACGGGAGGCGCUGUGCUGCAGUCCUGUCGACUUCCGCCUGUGAAGUUGCCAAAAAUGUACCCGGAGUUCCCACGUGCCCUUCACCAGGUCCCCCGCAGUGGCACCACCUCUUCGGCGUGUCUGUAGUGCAGCAUCGCAGCUGGGAAGGUGGUAUUGGUGCAGCCCUGCUGACUCGGACCUCACCAGUUCCUCACGCACCCAUUGUGCAGCCUCCAAGCAGCCCGUGGGUUAACAGGCCAGAAUGGGGGACUCUAGGGGCCUUUGCCCUCACCUUGACUCCAUAGGGGAGGUGACCAAAGACGACUUGCUGCUCAAAUCUAAGGGAACCUGUCAGUCGUGCGGUGUUUCCGGGCCGAACCUGUGGGCCUGUCUCCAGGUCACCUGCCCCUACGUUGGCUGCGGGGAAUCCUUUGCUGACCACAGCACCAUUCAUGCACAGGUGAAAAAGCACAACCUGACAGUGAACCUGACCACGUUUCGGGUGUGGUGUUACGCCUGUGAGAAGGAGGUGUUCCUGGAGCAGCGGCUGGCGGCUCACCUGCUGGCCUCCUCACCCAAAUUCUCCGAGCAGGACUCCUCGCUGCCCGCCCACCCUCUGAAAGCCGUCCCUAUUGCUGUGGCCGAUGAAGGAGAGUCCGAGUCCGAAGAUGAUGACCUGAAGCCUCGAGGCCUCACGGGCAUGAAGAACCUCGGGAACUCCUGCUACAUGAACGCCGCCCUGCAGGCCCUGUCCAACUGCCCUCCACUGACCCAGUUCUUCUUGGAGUGUGGAGGCCUGGUGCGCACAGACAAGAAGCCAGCCCUGUGCAAGAGUUACCAGAAGCUGGUGUCUGAAGUCUGGCACAGGAAACGACCAAGCUACGUGGUCCCCACCAGCCUGUCCCACGGGAUCAAGUUGGUCAACCCGAUGUUCCGAGGUUACGCCCAGCAGGACACCCAGGAGUUCCUGCGCUGCCUGAUGGACCAGCUGCACGAGGAGCUCAAGGAGCCGGUGGUGGUGGCGGCGGCGACCCUGGCGGAGGCUCGGGACUCAGACUUGAGCGACACAGAUGAGAAGAGGGAGGGCGACCGGAGCCCGUCAGAAGACGAGUUUCUGUCCUGCGACUCCUCGAGCAGCGACAGGGGUGAGGGCGACGGGCAGGGUCGCGGCGGGGGCAGCUCGCGGGCCGAGGCGGAGCUGCUGACGGCGGACGAGGCGGGCCGCGCCAUCUCCGAGAAGGAGCGCAUGAAGGACCGCAGGUUCUCCUGGGGCCAGCAGCGCACGAGCUCCGAGCAGGUGGACGAGGACGCUGAUGUGGACACCGCCAUGGCCACCCUUGGCCACCGGCCCACCGACGCUCAGCCACCGUCCCCACGGUCCACCAGUCCCUGCCGGACACCAGAGCCCGACAAUGAGGCCCACCUGCGCAGCACGUCUCGGCCCUGCAGCCCCGUGCACCACCACGAGGGCCACCCCAAGCUGGCCAGCAGCCCUCCUCGCGCGAGCCCCGUGAGGACGGGACCGGCGUACGUGCUCAAGAAAGCCCAGGUGCUGAGCGCGGGCAGCAGGCGGCGGAAGGAGCAGCGCUACCGCAGCGUCAUCUCCGACAUCUUCGACGGCUCCAUCCUCAGCCUCGUGCAGUGUCUCACCUGUGACCGGGUGUCCACUACAGUGGAGACAUUCCAGGACCUGUCACUGCCCAUUCCUGGCAAGGAGGACCUGGCCAAGCUCCAUUCGGCCAUCUACCAGAACGUGCCAGCCAAGCCGGGGGCCUGUGGGGACAGCUACAGCGCCCAGGGCUGGCUGGCCUUCAUCGUGGAGUACAUCCGACGGUUUGUAGUAUCCUGUACCCCCAGCUGGUUUUGGGGGCCGGUCAUCACCCUGGAAGACUGCCUCGCCGCCUUCUUUGCCGCUGAUGAGCUGAAGGGUGACAACAUGUACAGCUGCGAACGGUGUAAAAAGCUGCGGAACGGGGUGAAGUACUGCAAGGUGCUGCGGCUGCCGGAGGUCCUGUGCAUCCACCUGAAGCGCUUUCGGCAUGAGGUGAUGUCUUCAUUCAAGAUCAGCAGCCACGUCUCCUUCCCCCUCGAGGGACUUGACCUGCGCCCCUUCCUCGCCAAGGAGUGCACAUCCCAGAUCGCCACCUACGACCUGCUCUCGGUCAUCUGCCACCACGGCACGGCAGGCAGUGGCCACUACAUCGCCUACUGCCAGAACGUGAUCAACGGGCAGUGGUAUGAGUUUGACGACCAGUAUGUCACCGAGGUUCACGAGAUGGUGGUGCAGGGCGCUGAGGCCUACGUCCUCUUCUACAGGAAGAGCAGCGAGGAGGCCGUGCGGGAGCGGGAGCAGGUGGUGUCCCUGGCCGCCAUGCGGGAGCCCAGCCUGCUGCGCUUCUACGUGUCCCGAGAAUGGCUCAACAAGUUCAACACCUUCGCUGAGCCGGGGCCCAUCACCAACCACACCUUCCUCUGCUCCCACGGAGGCAUCCCGCCCAACAAGUACCACUACAUCGACGACCUGGUGGUGAUCCUGCCGCAGAACGUGUGGGAGCACCUGUACAGCAGGUUUGGGGGUGGCCCUGCCGUGAACCACCUGUACGUGUGCUCCAUCUGCCAGGUGGAGAUCGAGGCGCUGGCCAAGCGCAGGCGGAUUGAGAUUGACACCUUCAUUAAGCUGAACAAGGCGUUCCAGGCCGAGGAGUCCCCGGGCACCAUCUACUGCAUCAGCAUGCAGUGGUUCCGGGAGUGGGAGGCCUUUGUCAAGGGGAAGGACCACGAGCCCCCGGGCCCCAUCGACAACAGCAGGAUCGCGCAGGUGAAAGGGAGCGGCCACAUCCAGCUGAAGCAGGGCGCUGACUACGGGCAGAUCUCCGAGGAGACCUGGACCUACCUGCACAGCCUGUACGGCGGCGGCCCCGAGAUCGCCAUUCGGCAGAGCGUGGCCCAGCCGCAGGACCCGGAGAGCCAGCACGGGGAGCAGAAGAUCGAAGCUGAGACCCGCGCCCUGUGACUUUCUGGGCUGGUCUGUUAGUCCCCCUCCUCCCUCUCCAGAGACCUUCUCGUGUCCCUUGAGUGCUGGCCCCUGAACACACCUUCCGUGAGGCCGCUUGGAAGGACACUCGACGGGGCCUGCCGGGCUGGGUGACCGGGUGUCGCCCAGGCCCCUGCCUUGGCCUCCUCCCGGUGGAGGGUGCGUGGAGCCUGGAGGAGAGGCCCGCGCCGCGGAGGCCCAGGUGUGGAGGCGGCGCAGUGCGGUUCCCGGGCAGAUGCCCGCUCGGGCAAGGAUGCUCACCUCAGGCUGGUGGGAAGACCACACAUCCGUCGUCGUUGGGUCCCCGUAGCCGCCCUCAGCCAGCGCAGGCCCAGCUCUGUCCCCGGCUCUCACCGGGCUGUGCUCGGGGCAGAGACCGAGGGGCUGCUGCUUCCCAGGCAUUUCCCAUGGGCACCUGGCCCAGCGCCGAGACCCACGGGCAGAGUCGGAGCUGGUGAGCAGAGGGCCCGCUUCACCCCUGCACCCCAGAGUGCACGGAGGGGCUCCUGAGUCCUGGGCUGCUCCCCAGACAGCGGCUCGUUGGAGACUGGGACUCCAGGGGGCGUUUCUGGAGGCAGCGGGUCCCUCUCACCCUGCGGAGCUGCCCCGCCUGGGAGCCCGGAACAGAUACCUCCAGCUGAGUUAUUGCUGCUCAUGCGGCUUCCCUGGGGGCGACGUCAGAGAACAGCGCUCCCCCCUCCCUCGCACACUGCCCAGCGCGGCCCUGGCCCGGGGCGUGGCCUGCACAGCUGCCACACUGUCUGCUGGGUCGGAGUGGCCACCGGGCACCGCUCGCAGGGGCCCUGCAGCCUGGAGGGAGCAGCUGGGGCCGGUGCUCACCUGGGCGGGGGAGGGUCCUGGAGCAAAGCCCCAGGCCCGGCCUUCAGGCUCCAAAGAAGCAGAUGUGAUGGAAGGCCGGCAGGCGGUUCUGCCAGAGCCCCUGAAGCUCCUGUCGCGUGUCACUCAGGUCUGUGGUCUCGGUCUGGGGGACCUUCCCCACCAGGCACCGUGCGAUCACAGAACAAGCCGCUCUGGGAACUGCUUGACCUUUGCCCGGGCUUUCGAAAGCUGCUGCGCGAGCCCACUGCAGGGCCCGCCAUGUGGCCGGGACGCGCAGGCUCUGCUGUGCGGGCCGGAGUCUCGCCCGGCGCCGCCCAGUGUGUUCGGGAUGCGUAAUAAACCCCUG